AUGUCCUCAAAUGAUAGAUUAUACACUUUACAAACACACUUUUUACUUUCUCUGGUAUGCCCACAAUCAUUAAAAGUCUAUUCUGUAGAUAUUUUAUUUUUCUCUGAUCCGGACUUCCACCACCCGCAAGGUAUUGAUCUGCUGAUUGGAGGUGGCUCGUUCUUUGAUGUUUUGGGAACAAGAAAAAUACCAUUAAAUAUAGGUUCAGUAACCCUAUAUGAAAGCAAUUUCGGAUGGCUAGUGACGGGAGAACUUUCUAGCCAACAUGCACCAACACUUCUUUCAAUGAGCCAAACGAUAGAGGAAGAGUGGAAGGUUCUCAGUACCAUUGAGGAUGCAAGCUACGGUCGGACAUCGAGGGCGAAUAAGAGAAGUCAAGAAGAGCAGGAAACAGUCCAACAUUUUAAGCAAUAUACAACUCGUGAUGAAAAGGGGCGUUUCGUAGUACGACUCCCCAUCAAGCAGAAAAUCAGUGAAUUAGGCGCCACAUUGCCUAUGGCGACCGCCCGGUUCCUGAAUGUAGAGAAAAGAUUGCAAAAUAAUGAGAACUUGAAGAAUGAGUACAUACGUUUUAUGAGUGAAUAUAUUGAAUUGGGACAUAUGGUUGAAGUUUUGAAGAAUUCGAUUCAGACUCAGAAUCACUUUUAUCUACCGCACCAUUCGGUAACAAAGGCGUCAAGUUUGACAACAAAGGUCCGAGUAGUUUUCGACGCUUCGGCCAAGAGCGCAUCUGGUGUAUCCCUUAAUGAUGUAUUGAGAUGCGGUCCAACUGUCCAGCAAGAUUUAUUUUCAAUACUACAGUCCUUUUCACGAAAAGUGGCCCUCGACAAAUAG